CCUAUCGUCUGUUGUGGUGGACGGCAAAAGUGUUCCGUAGUUUCGCCGUAAAUCAGCCAACACGAUGUCCGCCGAGAACUCCGCCCCACUGGAUCUGUCCAUUCGGCCAUCGGAGGAUCGGAACGCCACAGAUGUGAUUUUCUCUCCGGAAAAAUCGAAAAAAGCGAAGAUGUUCACUCCACGAAAAUCAAAAGCAUAUCUGGAAAACAGUGUGCAGGAUUCGGUAGACAGUAUUCGGAAGGAGGCCAUGUCUACGAACUUCGCGUCGAAGUUCUUUGGCGUGCCGCGCACAACAUUGCAAUAUCGACUCAGCGAUAAAUGCAAAAAUAAAGGCUCAACUGGGCCGUAUACGAUUUUUACUGUCGGAGAAGAACUAGGUAUUGUAACCUGGUUGAGGACUAUGGAAAGGAAGGGGUUUCCAGUAACACGAUCUGCUCUAGUCUACAAGAUAUCGUCGUACCUGGAAGAUCAUCCUAGGAAACACCCCUUUAAGGACAAUGUUCCGGGAUACGGUUGGUUCCGAAGUUUUCUUAAACGUCAUCCGCAACUAUCGAUAAGGACACCAGAGUCAGUUACCCUGGCAAGCGCUAAGGUCUCAGAAAAAAACAUCCGCGAGUGGUUUCACGAAGUGAAACAAUACUUGAUCGAUGUAGGUUUGAUUGACAUCCUUCAUGACCCUUCACGAAUAUAUAACGGAGAUGAAUCUGGAUUUGUUUUGAAUCCUGUUCCAAAAAAAGUUAUUGCCACAUCUGGCGCAAAGAAUGUACCAUUCGUCGAAACGGGCAGCAGCAAACAGAACAUAACUGUCUUGAUGACAUUCUGUGCUGAUGGCAGUGUCGUUCCUCCGGACGUCAUACUUGCUCUGAAGAGAUUGAGUAAAGAAAUCGUGCAGUCGUUUCCGGCAGACUGGGGGCUGGGUACUUCUGAAAACGGAUGGAUGAACACGCAAAAUUUUAUCCUUUACGUGAAAAAAAUCCUGUAUCCCUAUCUGAUCAGGAGAGGCGUCAAGUUUCCAGUCUUGUUCUUUGUGGAUGGCCACAAAUCGCACACGGCACUGGAAGCUGCCGAUGCUUGUAAGCGUCUUGGAAUUAUUUUAAUUGCUCUCUACCCCAAUGCAACAAGAAUUCUGCAACCAGCAGACGUUGGAGCUUUUAAACCACUCAAGACUAAAUGGUAUCAGGUAGUCGAAAGAUGGAAAAUGCAGAACAAAUCUGCGGCACUCACUUUGACGAUGUUCGGACCGUUGUUGCAAAAAGCCAUGGAUUUAGCAUUCACCGGCAGCACUGUCAGUAAUGCGUUUGCUGCGUGUGGAUUGUUUCCGUACAAUCCUGAUGCUGUUGACUACAGCAAAUGCAUCGCUGGGAGCAACAUGAACAAUCUUGUAGUCUCCGAACCACCGGGCAAUGGUAACCAAGACAACCGUGCUACUGCAGAAGUGUGCAGCAACGACAAUGAUGUGCAACUAGCAAAAGGCAGUUUCCUGGUUCCAUAUCACCUAGCCGAGAAAGCCUUGGAAAUGCUUGGAACGGAGAAACUGCAAUUAUAUACCGAGGAAUCAUCGGAGAACCUUUCGCACGAAGAUCAAGUACUGGCCUUCAUUUGCAAAAACAUACUAAACCGUCCGAAUGAUGAAUAUACUACUCCAGAUGAGCCUGAAACUUCAGGAAAGACGGAUGAAAACUAUACUGCCAGCGAAAUGAUGCAGGAUAAUCCGUUGUCUGGAGCUUCGGAGCAUCAGUACGAAAACUUCAUUGACCCAGACGGUGCCUAUUUUGAAGAACUUGAUUGCGAGACUGUUUCACCUGUUGCAGCUAACGGAUCAUGUACUGAGCAAAGCGCGCUAGUUCAAAUCAAGUGUUCUGAAGUAGCAGAACUUGAACGGGAACUGGGAACGGAAGUGAUGGAGCUCUCAGAAGGAGGUGGUUCACCUGAUGCAGGUAGCAGUGUACCUAUGACAGCGACAAAAAAAUCAGAUAAUCCGUCUUCUACACCAUCAAAAUUACGUUUAGUGGACUAUUUGGAUACACCGGAUGAUCUGAAGCGCAUUUCGAAGCACAGAAACUAUCAAAUUAAAUCAUUUGCAGUACUGACAGCGGAUGAAAGGCUACAGGAAAUUCUUCUAAAGGAAAACAAACGCAAAGAAGCCGAGAAAAUAAAGCAAGAGAAGGCGGAAAAAAGAGCUCUUAAGAAGAUUAAGCUAGACGAAGAAAAAGAAAACAAGAAGGAACAGAAAUUGAAACGGAAGGCAGAAAAAGAAGCAGAAAAGUUGAAGAAAGCAGAAGAAAAGAGAGCAAAAGCUGAAAUUAAAGAAAGAAAGAAGCAAGAAAUGGGGAAGAAAAACGGUAAAGCAAGAAAAUCGUUAAUGAAACUUUGAAGUUUGCAUUUGAUAAAUUAAGUUGAAAUUAGAGAAAGAAAGAAGGAAGAAAUGGAGAAGAAAAUCGAUAAAGCUAGAGAAUCAAUAAUGAAAGUUUGCAAUUCGCAAUUGAUAAACUGAGUUGAAAUAAGAGAAAUAAAGAAGCAAGAAAUAGAGAUUAAAAUUGAUAAAGCAAGAAAGCCAUUCAUGACAGUUUGAAGUUAAUUUGAAUUUACUUUGAAUAAAGAAAUAUGUGAACAUCGCUUGGAAAAA